AUGUAUAAUUUCCGUUGCGAUAACGAGAGACCGACAUGUUCCAACUGCAAGACAUAUGCACAAGAUUGCACUUACAUAGAUAGGCCUGAGAAGCCAAGGCCAACAAAAGCUCGUCUGUCACGACUGGAAGCAGAAAAUGAGCAGCUCCGGCGACAACUUGGACGCGUUGAUACCCACUCGGAGGAUGGUGGUGACUCCACAGGAGGCAGUUCAUCUCAGCCACAGCAGGAUCAGCAACAACAACAAAUACAACACUUGGAGAUAACAAAUACAGCCCCAAGAACAGAUUGGCCCCAUUCAGCUGUCUCGCGGAUCUUCAUCUCACCGAAUGGCGACUCAAGCUACCACGGGCUUACGAGCACAUUGUUUGAUGAUGCCCCUACUGAUAGACAUGGUCACUCCCGGUCUACAGAUCCACAGGUUCCAGUAGAGCAUAUCCGAAAGCAGUUGAUGGGAGAAGCUGCUUAUCAGCGCCAAUUAGAAGCAUUGAAUAUGCGACAGGGGAAAAUGGACUUUGAUGGAGUCGAUCCUGAGCUGGGAAUGCAUCUCCUAAAUCUACACUGGAACCGACAACACCAUUCAUUUCUGAUCACAUAUCGUCCGGCUUUUAUGCGGGAUAUGGCCACUGGCGGACCAUGCUUCUCAAAGCUCCUGUUAAACGCUAUAUACUUUGGCGCAUCGAAGUUUAGCAAUCGUCCCGAAGUUCGCCGAGAUCCUGAUGAUGCCAGAACAGCCGGAUGGAAAUUUCGCCUGCGGGUGAAAGAGCUGCUUGGCAGCGCUUUGGAUCGAAGCGAAAUCACCACAAUCCAGGCCCUGCUUGUGAUGACCAGCUCUCUGUUCGCAUUGGGGGAUGAACGCAGUGCUGCAUGGCUCUAUGCCGGUACAGCGUUCAGAAUGAUCAUUGAUCUAGGGAUGCACGUUGAUGCUACAAUGCUGAGCAAUAUGCGUCGCCUCUCCGAUGAAGACAUCGAAAUACGCCGUCGAGUGUUUUGGGGGGCUUUUGUUGUGGAUAAGAUCCAAUCUUUGUACCAGGGCCGCCCAGCAAGCCUACAGGACUUUGACACGAAAGUGUCGAUAACGUUCCUGGACCAAUAUGAAGAACUCGAACACUGGCAGCCUUUUGCCUAUACGGAUGUACAAUCGUAUCCGGGCUCCCCUGCAUACAGCGUCUCAACAUUUACGGAGCUUUGCAAACUAUCAUUGAUACUGAACGGCAUCUUGAAUAAAGUAUACUCGGAGCGAAGCUCAAACCGGUCAUCCCAGGAACUCAUCACCACAUUGAAUGCCUUAGAUGGCCAACUCAAAGGAUGGUAUGAUGCGCUGCCAGAGCAUUUACGUUUCGGUAGUCCUACAAUGCAAGUUACACCGCCGCCCCAUGUCCUCUCUCUCUUGGCACUCUACAACGUGCUUCUCAUCCUUCUUCACCGACCGUUUGUGGCAGAAGGGCACCUCCAUACAACCGAUCCGUCAGUUGCUGUCAGUUCUUUCACUACCUGCACGACAGCAGCUAACCGGAUAAUCCAUAUCCUCCAAGCUUAUGACCAUGCAUUCUCUAUCAGGCGUGCCCCAUACCUGAUCUCAUACGCGACAUAUGUCGCUGCAACGAUUUACGUUCGAGUCGCUGCCCAAAGAAAGGACGGCAGUAGAGCACAUUCUAAUCUUCGGGCGUGUCUUGAUAUUUUCCAGAAGAACCAAGAAACAAACUGGGCUGUCCGCAGGGCAAAGAAUGUGAUUGUUCAUUUGAUGGAUCGCAUGGGGGUUGGUUUGAGCACCCCUCACCAGGAACGAGAGGCUAGACCAUGUCAGGUUAUCAAUGGGCAAAUAGGUAAUUUGGAAACUGGAGUUCCUGUUGAAGAUGAGGGUCUGAUACCAGCUGCUUCACCGAGUCAAAUGACCCCUCCAGAGACAGAGGCAUCGGAGUUGGAUAUGGACAUGAUUAUCCAGAGCUUUAUUCGGCAGCAGGCAAGACCGGGGGAAGGGCAAAUUUUUGAUGAGUCUACUAGCUACAAUACUCUGCCUCCCACAGUCUCACUCGGGACGCCGGGUACUUUCACUCCCUCCAUGGUCCCAGGGUACCAUGAUGCAUAUUUUGAUCCUCAGUUCGAUGAUGAUAUGUUGUUUGGUUUUAAUGGAUCUGUGCAAGAUAACAUAUUGUAUAAUAGAGAAUGA